AUGUUGAAUUCAUUUAUUCGCAGUUUUCUAAAUAUUGAAAAUCCUCCAAAUAAAGUACUUGAAGUACAGUCGGACAAUUAUAUUUCAAGGCCUAUACAUUACAGGGAUGAUGCUAUGUUGCUUUAUGGACCGAAGUUACCACCCGAAGGUCGAAAUGCUAAAGAUAAAUAUUUUGAAAUUGUUCUACACAAACCUUUUACAGAAAGCUUGCAUCAGAUGUAUAGCUUGUUUCGAUCUGAAAAUCGCGAAACAUGUGAGGAAAGAUUCAUUGUGUACAAAGAAAAAAUACCACUUUAUAUUAAAAUAACUAAAGAAUGCACAGUAGCAAGUUUGCAAAGGAUUUGUGAUGUAUUAACAGAACACCAGUCAUGGUCCUUGGCACAUCUUAUUGCACACUUUGGCCAGUCUGAGCUAUUUAAUGAUCCAGAUUUGCAGAGGCUUAUAAAUGAUGUAGAUUCCGCAACAGGAAUGACUCCAAUAAUGAUAGCAAUAAAAGCAUGUAACUUGCGCUUGGUUCAGAGUCUUGUCAUGCUAAAUUGUACUCUUGAUACAAUUGACUUGGAGGGCAACAAUAUACUACAUUAUGCUGCAGCCAGUAAUAAAGAAAUCAUUAAUAUAUUAGCAAGUAGAGUAUCACCAUCCCUUAACAAAUACAACAAACAAGGCUACACUCCUCUACAUAUGGCCUGCCUCGCAAAUGCACCAGAUUGUGUGAGAGCCUUGCUAUUGGCCGGGGCAGAUGUUAAUCUUCCAGCCUCAAUGAAAUCUAUUGCAUCGACAAGUAAUACAAUUCCUGUCGAUAACUCAGUGAGUGAUCGAUACAUCAUAAGUGUAGUGACUAUGGAGUCCAAAUGUUUUUUGGCCGAUAUUCUGCCGGAUUUGACAAGUAUCGUCGGUGACGUCUUACAAGACAACCAACCUAAGUUAUUCCAACAAGAUAUGAAACGAGGCGGCACACCACUACAUUGGUCCAUAUCGCGCGAGGUGAUAGAGGCUUUAGCGGAUAAAAACUGCGAUAUAAACGCUCUAAACUUUGAUGGACGAACAGCCUUACAUAUAAUGGUUUUAAGGGGACGACUAGAAUGUGUAGUGGCUUUACUAUCUAUAGGCGCAGAACAUUCUAUAAAAGAUAAUGAGGGGAAUACCCCAUUGCAUUUGGCAGUGAAACAAACGAAUAUAUCGAUAGUUCAAGCGUUAAUAGUUUUUGGAGCGGAUUUAGAAGCAAAGGAUAAUUCUGGUGGCACGCCGAGGCAUGUAUUGCCCAAAGAUAUGAAGAAUAACGAUUUUGAUAGGAUUUUGUAUGUGUUGCACGCGGUUGGCGCUCAGAGAUGUUCAUCCGACAUGCCAGGCUGUGGCCCCGGUUGUUCCUCCAAAGGUGAAUAUAACGGUAUCCCACCACAGGCGGUCGCAAGGGCUACCACGAGGCAGGAGAUCAACGACAUGCUCAACGCGGCCACCAUGGCUAAAGCCGCCACUAUAGACCCUAGUGAGAAGCAAGGACGUCUACUCUGCCUUGACGGCGGAGGUAUUAGAGGGCUCGUCCUUAUACAAACACUUCUAAACCUCGAGGCGGCAGUUGGCAAGCCAAUCAUACACUGCUUCGACUGGGUCGCUGGUACCAGUACUGGUGGCAUAUUAGCACUGGCAUUGGCAAGUGGCAAAAGUCUAAGAGAAUGCCAGAGAUUAUACUUCAGAAUGAAAGAGCAUGCCUUUGUCGGUAUGAGGCCGUAUUCCUCUGAAACAUUGGAAGCUAUACUUAAAGAAUGUUUGGGUACCGAAACAGUGAUGGCAGAUAUAGAUUAUCCCAAGCUCAUGAUACUGGCCGUUCUCGCGGACAGGAAACCAGUGGACUUGCACAUAUUCAGAAACUACCAGUCCGCGCAGGAUAUAUUGAAUGAAUAUAAUGGUACAUAUAGCCCGCAGGCGGAGGCGGGGCUGCGCGACAGGGUAGUGCCGCUGCCGGCGCCGCCGCCGCCGGCCGAGCAGCUGGUGUGGCAGGCGGCGCGCGCCACCGGCGCUGCGCCCUCCUACUUUAGGGCUUCGGGCAGAUAUCUAGACGGAGGUCUCAUAGGCAACAAUCCCACGCUGGACGCUCUCACCGAAUUGGCGGAGCUCGGCCUGGCUCUAGAGGCUACAGGGCAACACGAAAAGGCUAAAAAGACUCGCCUUAAAGUCGUCGUGUCUUGUGGAACAGGUUUAAUCCCAGUGACAAUGCUCAAAGACAUAGACGUGUUCAAGCCCGAGGGACUGUGGGAUACGGCGAGGCUUGCCUUUGGACUUACAGCCAUUGGAGGCUUACUGGUCGAUCAGUCGACGCAAGCGGACGGGCGCGUGGUGGAGCGCGCGCGCGCGUGGUGCGCGGCGCUGGGCGUGCCCUACUACCGCUUUUCGGCGCAGAUGUCGCACGACGUGGCCAUGGACGAGCGCGGCGACGCGCGCCUCGUGCACAUGCUGUGGGAGGCGCACGCGCACAUGCGCGCCGCGCGCCGCCGCCUGCUCGACCUCGCCGCCGUGCUGCGCGAC